ACAAACAUUAAAUUCGCUAAUAUGUAGGCCACUUGCAAGGCCUUUACAAGGCGGCAACUACGGAAUUCUUCAUCGAAAUGUCUGCUUCGCUUUUAUUCGAUGAAAUAGCUUAUGAAAAGCUUUCUGAAGUCAAAAAGCCUAUAUUUGUCUUUGAUUGGCUGUGUUCUUUAGAGACCCGGUUAUUGACAGAAAACAAAAGUGUCAUUAAAGAAUGCCAAGAAGAUUUAGUGCAGCAGUUGCUAUCUCAUUUGACACAUGCACCUGGUCGUCCAACUCAUAAAUUACUUGGUCGUUGUUUUGCAAACCUUUUCUUGGUUGGGGACUCUCUUCUCCUUUACACUGCAGUUAACACAUGCAACGCGCUUCUCAAAAGUCGUGAUGAUGCACCUGCUUGCAUUAAUAGUCGACUAGCGGCAUUGAGCUGCCUUGGAGCGAUAUAUAAACGUCUUGGUCGAAUGAUUGGUCGUACUUUUGAAGACAGUGUUAUCAUAAUGGCGAAGCUUAUCAAGCAGUCCGAGUCCCAAGUUCGCUGUGAAACUAUGAAUACGUUUUGCAGUUUAAUUGAAGGCGUUGGUUCAGCUAGUGCUGUAUGUCAUAAGGAGAUAUACAAAGCAGCAAAAAUCUGUAUGACAGACCGUGUACUUUAUGUGCGUGUUGCGGCUGCGAAGUGUCUCUACUUCUUAGUUGAUCAUUCGCAAACAAUUCAUACCAGUGAAUUAGAAGCCACAGUCAGUCUAUGUCUUCGAUGCAUGGAUGGAGCUAAUUAUGCAACUCGUAUUGAAGCCUCACGAACUCUUGGUCAUCUGUUGGCAAAAACUCAGCGUAAAAAAGUUAAUGAUCCAGGGUCUGAUGCAUCUAAUAGUGGCUCUACUGGAGCAUCCAGUAAUUCACGAAAUAAAACUGUUACGCUGACAGAUGCAUUGUCAUUAUUGUCUUCAGGAUUUUUGAAAGGUCCAGGUGGAUUUUUAAAAGGAACAAGUGCUACUGAUAUGAUUAAAGGGACUAGUCCAGUGAAUCGAGAAGUUCGUGUUGGUGUGACCUAUGCUUAUAUUGAAUUUAUUGUUGAGAUGGGACCGCAAUGGUUUGAAUCCAACUUGUCAACUAUCCUCACGCAUUUAGUCAAUCUUCUUUUAAUCCCACGAGCUACACCAACUCACGUGGAAGCAAUAUGCGCACGUCAGUGUAUACAAUAUCUGUUAGGUACUGUAUUUCGACAUCUUUUGUCAGAAUCUGUUCAGUUGGUUGCAAUCAGUGAACUGGUAAAAAUCCUGACAUUUCAUUUACAAUUCUUACAAAAUUUACAUAUGAAUGAAUAUUCAGGGAAUAGUGGUGAUGUUUUCCAGCAGAUAUUUUCUUCGUCCUCAUCCUCUUCAACACUUACGCCUGUUGGCGGCGGUGCUGGUAAUAGUGGAUGUAAUAUAAAUGAGUCUACAGAUGUCUUACCGAAUGAUAUGUUUAAUGAGACUACAUUAGGAAAUAAUAAUAAUCCUGAUGAGAUCAAUGGUGAUUACCAAACCUCCGUCACUGGUACUCAUAAUUUGGAUAGUUUUACUGAACCAGAUAAUGGGAAAAUAAGACGAGCAUUUGGACUUCAAAGUUCAGCGACAGGCAAUUCAACAACAACAACUACUACUGCUGCUGUCGGUAGCAGUUCACGUUCGAAUAGGGAACAACAACAUCAGCAUUUAGUUAUUUGUGUGUUAGACAUCAUCAGUCAAUUGAUACGUUGGCUAGAUUCAUUAGUUGUUCAACUUUUGGAUCAACCGACUCAAUUAGCUAAUGUACUUUGUACAUGUUUAACGCAUCCAGUGCAUGGUGUUCGUUUAGCAGCUGCAUCAUGCUUACGUCAACUGGUUAUUGUUGUGCCAAGUCAACGUAUCCCUUUAUUGAAUCGAUGUUUAUUAUGUUUACAACAAUCGUAUAGAUAUAAUGCUGAUACUCUGUUAGGUGUAACGUGUGGUAUAACUGGACUGUUAGCCGGUGUAAAUUGUUCUUUACUCGGUUUAUCUAAUAAUUUGCCUAAACAGAUGUUUAGUUUAGCUGAAGACUUACUACGUGCAGCAAAUCAGAAUAGUCGCUUCACAUUGGCGCGUACACAAAGUGGAUGGAGUUUAUUAGCUGCAUGUAUAACACUUGGACCAAAUAUUGUCAAAUCGCAUUUACCUCGAAUAUUUUUAUUCUGGCGUAAUGCAUUCCCACGUAGUUUGCGGGAAUUAGAAGCAGAAAAACAACGUGGUGAUGCUUUUACUUGGCAGGUGAUGCUUGAAUCACGAGCUGGUGCAUUAUGCUCAAUACAAAGUUUUCUAGAAUAUUGUUCCCAAUUGCUUACCGAUGAUAUAAUACAUCGUCUUUUAUCACUUAUUGAUUGUGCAUUGAAUAUGCUUGCACAAAUGAAUGAUAUAGUACGUAUAUAUGGGAAUCAUUUAAAAUCAACAGCUGGUUUCAUUCGCCUAAGAUUAUAUCGAAUUUUGCUAUUAUUACCGUCAACAGCGUAUACUGGUUCUUAUAGUACAGUGUUACGUGAAUUAGUCGCUGAGUUUACACUCACAGACAAUAUGGCGAAUACAACAACUUCUAUAUUUAGAUCGUUAUGUCGUUCUGAGGAUAGUGUAACACUGGCUUCAUGUUUACAGGAUACUGACCAAAGAUUAUUAGAAGAACAGCUACAACCUACUGCUUUGAACAACUCCCCUGGUUCACUGGAACAUGAUCCGUCUUAUUUAUAUCUACGAGAUGGUGUGGCUAGUGUAUUAGCUACUGAUGUAAUAUUUACGAAUCUAUCUAAUACAGAGGAUGAGUUCAAUGAAAAUGUAACACUGACAGCGGGAACAUUAUUUCAUGGUCCAUCUGAUGUUAUGUCGACUAGUGGAGUAUUCUCUACUUCGAAAUUUCACAAUAUCAAUUCUACAUGUGAUAGUAGUACUCUUCUAUCAUUCAGUCAUAAUUCUAGUCAUUUCUCGAAUACAUCCUUAUCAUACGCUUUGCAACUGACUGGACCUAUGCCUGUUAAUGUUGCUGUGAUAGACGCUUCAAUUGAAUUAUUCGGCCGGUUAUUCGCCUGUGUUUCUAUUCGUCAUCGUAUACAAAUGUUAGAGCAUUUUGCUGAAUGUAUUCGUUUGACAAAGUCAAUUCGUCAAGAAGCUGUACAAAUUAAUGUAUUCGCUGGCCUGUUGAGUGCAUUACGAUAUUUAGCUGAAACGAAACUACCAUUCGGUGAUGAUCCACAGCUUAGAAAGGCGACUACAAAUUUAAUAUUUGCUACUUUAACAAGUCCAAGCGUUCUGCUACGUUGUGUUGCUGGUGAAUGCCUUGGAAGGUUAGCUCAAGUUGUCGGUGAAUCAAGCCUUUUAGCUGAAUUAGCUCAACAAAUUUUUGAACGUCUACGUACAAUUCGUAAUCCUAUUGCAAGAGCUGGUCACUGUUUAGCUAUUGGUUGUUUGCAUCGUUAUGUUGGUGGUUUAGCGUCUAGACAACAUUUAAGCUCAAGUGUUGGUGUUCUGCUGGCUAUAGCUCAAGAUUCUAGUGUACCAGAAGUUCAAGUAUGGGCUUUACAUUCUCUUGCCUUGGUAGCAGAUUCAGGUGGUCCAAUAUUUAGAGAAUAUGUUGAACCAAGUUUAAAUUUAGUAUUACAACUACUGUUGAAAGCACCUAGUGCUAUGCAUGAAAUACAAAGAGGUCUUGGUCGUUUAUUCGCUGCUUUAAUAACCACUUUAGGACCUGAAUUACGUGGUACCGGUGCUAGUAUCACGUCUGUUCGACAUUCAUGUCUGCUGUGUUGUUUAAUUAUGCGUGAUUCACCGGAUGCAUUGUUACAGGCUGAAGGUGUAGCCUGUCUACAACAACUACACAUGUUUGCACCAAUGCAUGUUAAAUUAGCCGGUCUAGUGCCUGAAUUACAGGCAAGUUUGACUAGUUCCGACUUAGUUCUAAGACGUGCAGCCUUAUCGUGUUUAAGACAAUUAAGUCAAAAAGAAGCUAUGGAUUUGUAUGGGUAUAUGACACGGUCAACACUAUCAUCAGAUGAAUUACUUCCACCUGCAUUAUCAACCCUGUCAACUUUAUCCAACAAAGACGACAGUAAUAACAAUAAUGGAGAUUUGUCAAAGACUAAUUUCACUAAUUGUAAUACAAAACUAGAAUUACAACUGUUCAGUUUGUUAGAUGUUGAAAUGGACUAUCAACUUCGUCGAGAUAUUCAAGAUACAUUGAUUGGAAUGCUGCAUGCAACUGGUACAUCACAGUUAACGCAUUGGUUUUCAAUUCUGAGGGAGGUGUUGCAGGUUUCCACCACACUGAGACCUGAUGUAGUCAACAAUCAAACUGUUGACACUAUUAAGAUGACAAAUUCUCGGCGCAAGUCAUCAAAUCCAAAAGAUAAUCUAAGCAAUAAUACAGAUAUGUCACAACGAAAUGGUAAUACUAUUGAAGAAGGCAGUGUCGUUGAACAACCGGGUGAUGUUGACAACGAUAAUGACGAUGACGAAGAAGAUGUUGAUGUGAACUUUAAACCGAAACAAAUCAGUCAAGAAGUCAAUCGAUUAUUUUGUGUCAAAAUUACAGCCAGAUCUUCGACAAAAAUAUUCGCAAUCAGCUGUUUACGUGUCCUGAUCUCCAGUUGUGCUAAGCUGUGCAAUGCUUCAUUACUAACUGAGAAUUACCAAUCCAAUCAAAUAUCAGUGAAUACUUAUGAUGAGACAAGUGAUGUAAUUGUUAAUCCUAGUUCAAUAGCUCACUUCGAUCUAGCUAAGGCUAGAGCUCUUCGUUCACAAUCAGGAAAAUCUGAUUGGCUUAUUCUCUAUUUGUCAGAUUUAAUUCGUAUAGCUUUUAUGUCAGCCACCUCAGAAAGUGAUCGUCUUCGUAUCACAGGUUUAAAGUUGAUGCAAGAUGUUGUUCAGAGGUUUUCUCCAGUACCAGAUCCAGACUAUCCAGAUCAUAUUAUUCUGGAGCAAUAUCAAGCUCAAGUGUCUGCUGCAUUACGACCUGCUUUUAUUUCUACCUCAUCAUUGGAUUUAUCAGAGAAUACUACAAUUACAGAAUCAUCCACGCCAAACAUUUCUACUUCAUCCAGUAUUGUUCAGUCUAAUCCUGAACUCCUGUCUAUAGCUUGUCAAGUUUGUAGUUCAUGGAUCACUUCUGGAGUUGGUCGUGAUCCAGAAGAUUUACGUCGUGUACAAGAUCUAUUGAAACAAGCCUUGAAUAAAUUAAAACUUGAUCAAUCAAUUAGAGAAGAUCAUUCAUCUAAUAGUUGUGUACAAGGCCAACGUACAGAAUCAUCAUCGUCAUCUCAAUGGAUGUCAGAAAAUUCGACAAUUGUUGAAAGAUUGUCUAUUUUAGCCGCUUGGGCUGAAAUUUAUAUUGUAACCGCUGGACAGGCUAAAAAGUUGGGAGGUAAACUACACCAAAAACAACAUUUAGAGACAAGUCAGUCACAGCCGUUAGAUGAAGACCAGCCUAUAGAUGAAUCAGAUGAAAUGAAUACUAGUGAAAAUGAAGAUGAAUCUGAUUAUAGCAUAAUCAUAAAAGGGAUAUCAUUAGAGGACAUGUUAUCCACUGCUACUACUUCUGCUACUACCACAACUCCAAGUAGAUCAAUUCAUCAAUUAUUAACAAAAUGGAUUCAGCCUAUCCUGCCAGGUUUAAGUCAAGCAUGGUUAAGUGCGCUAAGAGAUUAUGCAUAUAUGUGUCUACCAGACAGUUUAUCAAAUCAGCAACAACAGCAGCAGUCAAGUGAUGUGAUAAAAAAUUCAUCUGAUCACUUCAAUAUAAAUAAUAGUAAUAAUCUUGAUCAGAUACGCGUAUAUUAUGCACGUUAUUGGCCAUGUAUGACGUAUGCACUUGCUUUAUGGUUAACAAAUGAAUCGUCAUCAUUUGUUGAUGAGAAUAAAACCAACAGUAAAAAUGAUAUGUCAAAGUCAUCACGUCAUUUCUUUUUAAUUUUAGGAAUGUGCGUUGAAGCCAUGUGUAAUACAACAUCUAAACAGCCAAUUUCUAUAAUUCAUACAUGUCUACGUUGUAUUCUAUGCCUGUUAAGUCGAUCGAAAUUUCGUGCUUAUCUUAUGCAAUCAUCAACAGAAAUAUCUAUUGAACUGUUACAAGUACUACACAGACUUUUAUUGACACGAGAUUGUAUUGAAACGCAUUUAUUAUGCCUAGCCAAUAUGAUUCAUAUACUGAUAGCAGCUAAUGAACGUUUAACCAAAGAACGUGAUGAUUGGUUAACUAAAGAAUCAACACAAAAUAAUAAUGCUACAAGUAUGUUCAUUUCACCAGAAUUAAAAACAUCAAAAAAGAAUAAUUGUAUGACAUCGAGUAUCAUGCUACAAACAACCGGUUUGAUUGAUACACAAAUGUAUGAACAUGGAGAAGGUGGAUAUUUAGCUAAAUUUUUUGAUCGGAUUAAUGAUGCUGAUAAUGUCGACUGUGACAGCAACAACAAUAAUAAUAAUAACAGCAACAAUACUACAAUAUCUACUGAGAAUCAAAUGAUGAAUACAUCAAAUAUAUAUGGGAAAACAUUUGCUGGCCUACAUCCUGAACGAUCGAUUGUAUUCACGUGUUUAGAGAUUGUUGUCUGUAUAGUGGCACGUUAUCAACCACAAAUUAUUAAACAAUUACGUCUUUCAAAUACAGAUAGCAAUAAUAAUAGUAAUAAUGAGUCAAAAACUUACAAUAUAAUUCCAGAAACAAUAUGCGCCAGUGAUAUCAACGCACCGCGUAUUCUAGCUACAGCUUUAAAAUCAUUGAUUCCAUUAAUUGAUCUUUGUGCUCCAAGAACACUUUUGAGUACAUUAAGGUUGGCUAAACAAAAUGCAAAUACACAAUCCAACGAUGGUAUUAAUCAUAGUCAAAUAAUGAAUACAGAAAGUGAAGUAAAUCAAUUGCCGUCAUCAAAUUCGCAAUCAACAACAACUACUACUACAAUCCAUCAACAAGAAUGUUUGUUGCCUAUUGUUUUAGAUUUAGCCAAUGAAAUAACAAAGUGUGUAUUGUUAAAACCAUUACAAUGUUCAAAUGCGGCAAGUAAUUACGUAUUGAAGGAUUCCCGAGUGAUGAAAUCAACUGAAGAUAGCAGUAAUACUAUUACUACUACUACUAAUAAUAAUAAUCUAGUCAAUAUGUUCAAAUCCUGUGAUUUAGCCUAUCAGUCAUCAUCGAAUUCUUUCACUUCAUGUCUAAUCGGUGAUGAGGAUACAGAGAUAUCAUCGACAACAACGAAUUUAUCUGUUGGCAUAAAUGAUGGCGGCUUAGGCAUAAAAUCCUGCAGUAAACGUCAACAUUAUCGUUAUAUAGGCUAUUUAAUUGGUUGGACAGAACAAUCGACUGAAUUAGCUGAAGCUUUUAUAACUGUGAUGCAAAAAUUAGCUGGACAUCAUUAUCCUGCUAUAGCAGCAGCUUCUGGUGUUGCUUCUACUGCGCCUGCUUCAUCUACAUACAACCAUGAUGUUUGUAUGACUAAAUCAACUGGUGUUGGAGAUUCACAGACUACUGAAAAUCAACCAGACAGUAGUAGUAUUAUAAAUAUGAAAGAAGAAAUAAUUGUUAAUUCAAAUCAUAUUGAUUUGGAUAUGACUAGUCAGUCUAUAUGUGGUGAGAAUAGAAUGAAAGAACAUGCAUCAGAGAACGCUUGUAUUGAAUGGUAUCGUUUAAUUUCAAUGAAUUUAUUGUCAAUUCUUCAACAUAAUCAUGACAAGGAGACUGAGACUGAUGUUUAUCCAUUACGGAGAUGUUGUUUAGCCUCAGCGUAUCUAGUAAGUCGUAUAUGCAACAAUUGUCCUCUACAAGUGUUCAAAUCAUCAGAGCUAACAAGUGUAUUGUCAAAUUUACUUUAUCGUGGAUGGAAUCUACCUAAACUGUUGGAUAAUUCACAGACAGAUGUCCUAACAAAUGGAAAUGUUAAUUCAUCCCCUGAAGAUCCACUAAUACUUAAUAAUGGUAAUAAUGUUAUAUCAAACUUGCUGAAUUCAAAUUGUUUACAAAGUCGAAUUAUCUGUUUAGGAUCAUUUGAAUCGUUGUGUAGUCAUCAUGAAUCUUCAAUUAGUGCAUUGUUCAUAAAAACACUAACACCUCAAGUGUUUCGUUGGUUGUACGAUCUAACAAAAAUUGUUGAAAUGCACUCUGCUUCUUCUUCUAAAGACCAACAACAACAAUAUCAACAGAAACAACAAAAGUUAUUCGAUAAAUCCUCUGAUAUAUACCAUAAUCAAAUUAAUCUAGAAGAAUUAACAAUUUGUUUAAAUACCUCAUUUGAUUUACUUACUUCAUUAAUCAAUAAAGCGGAAAAUUCAAAUCGUCAGGCUUUAUUAUUAAUCUAUUUAUCAUUAUUAUGUAAUCUACUUUCUAAUGAAUCAUCUAUGCUAUCGAAUCAAUGUCAUAGUAAAAGCUCUACUUUAUUUAUCCCUUAUAAUUCAUCAGAUUUAUUUUAUUUUAUACAUACAAUUACAUUGAAACAUGUCAUUACAAUAGCUCCAUGUUUUCCAAAUGAAUUUCGUUCUGCUUUUCAAAUUCUUGGUGAUUUAAAACAACGUUUAGAGAAUGCAAUCAAAUUGUCUACUCCAUUGACGAAUACUAAUGCUGCUGUUAGUGGUGGGGGUGGUGGCGGCGGUGGUGGUAGUCAUGGUAACAAUAACAAUAUGUCUGUUCAAAAUCAAUUAAAAUCUCAUGUAAUAAAAGGUAUACCAUUUAAUGCCUAUCAUCAGAAUAAUAGAUCUGUUAUGACUAAACAAUCUCAAGUUUCUUCACCAUCGAUCAAGCUGAAAACUGAUUUCAGUAAUUUCACAUGAAACGAAGAAUGAAGACGACGUAAAAAAAGUCAGAAUGUCAGAUUGUUUGUUCAACGCCUGUUUAUAUAACUACUUAUACAUAAACAUAUUCCACUGAAAUAUAUGCAACAGUCAAAUUACAUACUGACCCUUCCCCCCCUCUAUAUACCCAUCCGUAUGCUCUAUAUUUAAAAAGCGUGCUUGUGUGUGUGUGUGUGUGUGAUCAAGACGUUGCUUCAUUUUGAUCUUCUGUUGUUGUUGUCGUCAUCUUCAUCUUCUAUACGUUUAUCUUCUGUUCGUGUAUGCGUGACACACACACGGACACACACUCAAAAAUUGACGAACUCUGUCACCACCAUGAGUAUACUAUGAGUAUAUUGAUUGGUGAACAGUGAUUAUGCAUUUUUGUCCGGUUAAACUCCAUGUGGUUCGCUACUUUUUUUUCUCUUCUCUCCCUUUCUAAAGCCUUUACUCUUUACUUCUUCAUUACUAUCACAGUGCUUUUUACACAAAUUAUGAGAAUAUAAAAUGCUUUCAUUUCUCGUUAUCCUCUCUUGUGUUUUUGUGAAAGCAAUCUAAUUACCUCGUUGUGUUUUUAUUAUUUUCUACACUUUUAAGAAAUGUUGAAGCUUAACACUUACUUGUAUAUUCAUGAUCAGGUGUGUGUUUGUAUGCACCGCUGUGAAUGCGUACAAGAAGAGUUCCUCAUAGGAAAUAUGACACAGCCAUACAUACACACACACAUGCACUGAAACAUGCGUGCGUGCGUGCAUGCAUGUGCUCACACUCAUUUCAUUAUUACGUUUUAUGUCUUAGAUAGAAAUGAGUGUCUCCUCCACCCCACCCCGUUACUAAUAUCAUCCAUCUACUACCAUUCAUAUCAUAUGUGAAGUCUGCAUAUAUACCACAUACGACUUGUCUUCCCUAAAAGACGUAUAUAUCCUCCUUUCCUGCGUCGUCUUCUUCUGUGGAGUAGACGAAUACAAACCAACUCUUUGAUAUAGCUUGUCUUUCUGCAGAGAAUUAAUAAUAAUAAUAAUAACAAUACAUCAUAAUGCAUUAUUUUAUGUGUUCAACUUCUGUGUUAAAUGAUAUUGUCUUAUAUGUAUGAUACCGUUGGCGCGCUUACUUAUGAUUGUUAUGUGAUAGUCUUUUUAUUGCUUCUUUUGUUGUUGUUAUCGUCUUUAUCGUUGUUGUUGUUGCUGUUGCUGUUCUCAUCAUCAAACAAAACACACAUACAACCCUUUUCUUUCAUUUUCUUUAGUUUUUGUGCUUACAGUCAAGAUAAUAUAAUAUUGAUUAAUCAAUUGAUUAUGUGUGACCACUUUGAGUUUUUUUUAAAAAAAAUCAAUAUUUUUAUUUUCUGAUUUGUUCGUUUCUUGUGUGUUUUUAUUUUAUUUAUUUAUUUAAUUAUUUGCUUUUUUUGAAAACAAAUAUUUUUUGUCUUAUUUUUCUUCUUUUUUCUCUCAUUAAAUAUACGUUAGUGUAUUCUGUGAGCUAGAGGAAGGAUUUUUUGCUGUCGACAAGAUGAUCGCCAGUUAAUUUCUGUCACCAUUAAUUAUAUAAUAUGAUAUAAUAUUAUUUAUUUAUACAUUGUUAUUAUUAUUAUUAAAUACCAUAUAUAAUCUUUAUUUCAAUCGCGUUCAUUUUAAUUUUGUCAUUAGUGUGAGAUAAUAACUAAGUUGUUCUCUUUUUUCUUCUUUUCUAUUGUGUGUUUUCAACAAACUUAAAAAAAAUAUACAUGAAUAUACAUAUACAACGUAUAUUAUGUAACUCUUUUCUCUCUCUCUCCCUCCUCUGUAUGUAUCCUCAGUGGUGGGCGUCUAGCUUUCAAUUUUCGAUAGUGAUGGUGUUGUGUUGUGUUUCUUCUUUAACGAGGUAAGGUCUUACCAUCUAUCCAUUAGUAAACUAGACGAGAUUUGGGAAUACGUCGUCCGGCCAGGCUUCGAACUCGGAUCUAUUGGCGUGUGCUUAUCUAACAUUCUACCG